AUGCCACGCUCAUCCGCUGCGGGCAGGAAGAACCAGAACAAUCGACACGAGAAUGGCCUCGUCGGUCCCGGCAAGAAGGUAACCAAGCAGAAGUCCAGUGGCCAUCUCAACGGCUCGCCCGGCAACGGCAACGCUACCAGCUCGGGCGCCGCCGCACCGUUCGAUCUUCCCUCGUCUCGUUCCACCAGUGACUCCGCCGUCAACUCUUCGACUGCCGCGUGUAAGGGUGUGGACGGGACCAAGGUUGCUGGCAAUGGGCAUGGCCCGGUGAAUGGACAUCGAGGUGUGGACAUGGCGAACGGCGAAGUGAACGGCGCCACGCCGCAUAAUAACGGCAUGGCUGGGUCGGCUUCUCGCAAUGGCACUACGAAACGAUCGGUUUCCAACUCUACCAUCAAUCCGCUUCACCUCGCGUCCACAAUUCUCAAAUCGUGUCCCAUGUACGACACGAUUGCCAUUUUGAUUUUUCUGCUACAACUUCCGCCGAUGGUUCUGACUUGUGUGCAAUUCCUGUUCGCGUCUUUGACGUUCAUGCCUCCGAGUGGCGGUGCCGCCGGCUCCCUGUCGUCGAAUUUCGACAUCUUUCAGGGCCCGGCUGGAACGCCCUCGAUGGGCACUAUGAUCGCCAUGGACGGGUUCUGCCUGCUUUUCUGGGGUCUCUUCAUGUGGACGUGGGCUCAAAACUUUGCAAUUGAUCUCGCCCACGUUCAGGUCGCCAUUACUUUGGGCGGCGGAGGCUCCGGGAAAAACGGUGGGGUCAAUGCUCUCUGUGUCGGGAUUGUUCUGCUUCUUCAUAUCGUCCGCAGCAAAGGCAUACAAGAAUUUGUGACAGGGCAUCUUGUAUCUGCCAAACUCAUUAGCCCUGAUCUUCUGUCGCAGUACUCGAAUAUUCUACCCGCCGAACUCCGUCGAUCCGAGUCGCAAUCCUCGCCAAGUUGGUUACGGAGUCUGCUCGCCAUUCACAUCUUAGCACAAGCCGGAACAGCGAUGGCGAGGAGGUCAAUGGCCAGGAAUCGAUCACCGACACCCUCGCGGACCGGCAAGCGUGGAGAUACAGAAGCGUCGGCAGGUUCACAGGGCCAAGCCGAUUCUGCUCUGGAGUCUGCCGCUAGUCUUUCGUCGUCUUUCGUGGGGCCGGAUGGUCAAUUAGUCAAGGAUGGAAAGGAUCGUCUUACUUCGGCCAAGAAACGCAGGAGGCAAGCCAACCAAGUUCGAAGUCGUCAACCAUUUUGGGCCGCACUCGCCAGUACCAAGGUUACAGUCAUGCGAGAAUACGAACAUUCUCGGGUCUUAUCGAAAACGGGACGUGGAUUGACUGAGGAUGACUUGCAGGGUGUCUCUGUCGAUGAUGGAUCGGUCUGGAUUACAGAUGUGGAUAGUUCUACGAUCAAGUUUGCCGCCGGUGACCUUGCCGAUGACUCCGUGACGCCAAGCUCGUGUGACGGCGACCAUAUAGAUUCGGAGUUUGAACCGUUCUAUGUUUGUGUCAAUGGGGCAUUGUGGGCAACAGCGACGAUUUGCAGGGCUUCCGAUUCCUCCAAGGGAUCUAGUAUAGUCCACUGGAAGGGAGAGAUCUCCGGUCUCGCCCCUAACUGUGCUUAUACCUGCUCUUUCGUGCGCAGCGAUACCGAUGAGGAAAUUUGUGCCAUGAGUGUCAAAACCCCCGCGACGACUGACAUGGAACAAGCCGUUUCCUCGGUUCCGACACCCCCACAGCCAACUUAUCGACCCUCGUCCCCUACGACUACGCUGAAGAAUUCUGUUAUCAAUGCCGAAGCCAAACUGAACGAGAAACGCUCUCGGUUGAAGAAGGCGAAGAACGACCACAAACUUCUCAUCUCGAAAAUUCGGAGGGAGCUAGACAAUUAUAACCAUCGACUUUCAAGUGGAACGGACGAGAAUAGGCAAAAGCAGCGUUCGCUCCAGCUCGAGCGAAAUAUUCGGCAAACAGAGGAGGCAACUGCGGUGUUGGAGGAGCAACUAGACAACAUGGAGAACGUGCCAGAAGAGGAGAUGGAGGAAUGGACUGCGCAAAAAGCCGAAUUCGAUCGGGAAUUGGAGCUUUUCAACCAGAUCAAGGAAGAGGUUGCCGAAGCUCGCCUUGCCUCGGCCCAGCAAGUGGCAACCUUGGAACAGGAGUUGAAUGUGGUGGUGCAGAAGCGUGAGCGUCUUCAGAGCCGUCGUGUCCGCGUCAACGAACAAUAUGAGCGCAUCAUAUCGGCCAAUGCUCAAGGGCUGAACGAAAGAGAGCGCCGCGCGGCCGAACAAUUUGCCCGGGAGCAAGACCACGCCAAGAUGGAAACCAAUUUCCACGAGCAGUUUGCAAGCAUUAGCCAGUCUGUGCAGGACUUCCAACUUCGCACAAGUCAACUCUGGCAGCAAGCUUCGGCCAUUGAACAGUCCAUCCAACAGCAACAACAGCAGAUGCUCCAAGAUUCUGGUCCUCUGACUCCCGAGGGCAAUUUGCCGGGCACCAAUCCCGUCAUCGAAUCUACAACGACUACUGGACGAGCGUUGUUGGGCCUCAGCUUCCCUCCUCUCAAGUCUAGUCCACUCCAGACUUCAUCUUCGCCUGUUCGUGCUUCGUCGUCGCAUCCAACCAGUCCUGUGCAGGAUUCCACUUUCGUGCCUCAGUUUCCGGCGUCUCCUCUCGGCAACGCCGGUUCUUACUUCGUCACUGACCUCAGCAGCCGGGAUCGUUCGUUCUCCAAUCGCUCCGCUCGCAGCAGUCAAUAUGGCUCGGAUUUCUUUGAGUCGCAUCGACUACCCGCGCUUCAGAUUGAGCUGUCCGACAUUCUUUCCGAGAAGCAGCAACGCUUCGGGUCGGAUGGCAACGGUUUUCUGCAGCACGGGGGUCGUCCUGUUCUGAGCCCUUUCCAGCGUGCCGCGAGUCGCGUUAGCGGAGCUGGUAGUGGCAGCGGCAGCGGCAGCGGAAGUGGCAGUCCCAGAUCGACACGUGAGUAG